AUGGCCUCGUUUACCGUAGUUCUUCUGCUGGUGGUUGCUAGCGCGAGUUUGGUAAGCCUGUUAGGAUGAGAUUGAUUAUUUUGUGUACUUUUUCAGGCUGUAAGAGUAAUUCCUUCUAGCAUCGAUAGGUAAACUGAAAAAAUUAAACUGAGAAUAAAUUCGCAUGUAGGGAAGGAAAAGCUUGUGUCCCGCUGCUUGCAAAAGCCGCCUGUACUCACAUUUUGAACCGAGCGGAGCAGGUUCUUGGUCAUCGAGAGUACGAAAAAUACUAUGAUCUCUUCGAAGAUGAGGCCGAUUACGAAGUCAAGGGGACCAACUACAAGGGAAAAGGUUUUUUUUUUCGUUUUUCUCAGGUUUUUACAUAAGAAAUUGGUAUCAGAAACGCGUUUUUCGACUCUGAAUACGCUAGAAUGCUUACAAAAUGUCUUUGGGGCCACGUAGAAUGAAAAGUAAGAUUCGAAACGGAGAUUACUGUUUCAAAUCUAGUUUUCAACUAACUUUAUUCCAAAUUAACUCAAUGCUUUCAACUAGGGAUAACAGAUAAGUUACACAGAUAAGAGAGACUUCUCUUUUCCGAAGAGUACUGUACGUAAAAGACCGCAUUUCGCGUGUGCACUUUGCGUGUUUGCACACUUUGUGAUCCCAUCUCCUUUUUUUAUCUAUUUUUUAUUUGAAAUUUUAGUUUUAUUCUCAUAAGUCACAAUGAAUAGUUGAUGUUCAACCGUUUUCUAUGUUCCCAAACUCUCCCUACAUCUAUUUCGUGAAAUUGAGUACUUGUGUGUGAGAAAUAAAACAUUUUGAUUGGAUUGAUUGAUAUAGGUUUAAAACAUUUCAAUGAAAUUUAGAACAAAACUGUAAAAACGGGGAGAUAGGCCACUCAGAAUGUGCAAACACCCAAAUUGCAUACGCCAAAUGCGGACUUUUACAUACAGUACUCUGCGUAGCACCCUUCUACUGACCUAAAUUUCAGAAAUCCUCAAAUUCUACGCAGACAUGCUGUCAGCCCACCCCGUUCGCGAUAUAAUGGUUUGAAAACUCGAAUAUCCUGAAACAGAAACCCUUCAGUACAUGCUCAAAAGCUGGGACCAAUCCGAAACUCCCCAACUGGCCAAGUGCUUCUUGUCCCACAAAGCGACGCUCUUCUCGAAGAACUUCAACGCCGAAUACGUCUACUUUCUGCGCCAGGUUGAAUUAUCAGUUAUCACUUCUUUCUCAAUAAAGCUUUUUCAGGGCGAUGACUGCGCCUACCGUAUCUACCGCGUUGAACAAGACUGA